ACGAGGAAGCGGGAGGGUGCAGCAGUGGCAAAACAACACACAGGGCCUUGAGUGUUUCCCCAAUGUUCCGUUAUGCAGUGUAGAAGAGCACUAUGCAAACAGUAGAGCACAGCUCGGCCGUAUCGUGUUACACCGUGUGGCUCAGUCUCAUGUCAGAACGUGUCAGGGUGAGUCCUGACAGGGCGCUGCAGGUUGUAAUCGAAAAUGUCGAACUAAUGCAGUGACGCGUCUGGCUCAUUAAACUUGCCAGAAUAAACGGCGUCUGCGUUAUAACCACGUUAUAGCAUGUAGCUUGUUUUUAGCCUACAGUGAAUGCAGUUAGGACGAACUGAAACCAAAAAGAAAAAACUACACGUAGGCUGAAAACAUGUCAGGCUGACUGUGGGGGUUUUUCGCUCAUCUCGACUCGUGUAGUUUCUCAUUCUGCGAUGGAAACGGUGCAGCAAAGUCAAGAUGCCAGAAGGAUUAACGAGUGUUUGGCGACGACGUUUUCAGCUCUCACCGUGGACGACGUGUACGAAAUCGCCAAACUCAUCGGCUCUGAAGUGGAGAAGCUCAUUGACCACUACGGCAAGGCCAGCGUGGAGGGUCUGGUACCGAAGAUAGUGAAAGUGUUGGAGCUGCUGGAGAGCUUCGCCGCCCGGAAUCAGUCACAGAGGAGCAAAGAAGAGGACCUGCUGAAGGCGUUUGAGACGCUACAGGUACAGCAGCAGAAGAAGCGCAGUACGAGGGAAUGCGAGGAAGGCAACAGCACCGACUUCAAGGACUGGCAGCAGAAGGAGCAGAAAUGGAGGCUGAAGGUGGACGAGCUGCAGGCUCAGGUGCUACAGCUGCAGGAGGAGAACCAGGGGCUGCUGGGCCGCCUACAGAGCUCUCUCUCGAAGGAAGACCAAACACAGCGUCAGGAGAGAGAGGUGAUGCUCAAACUUAAAGAGGUGGUGGACAAACAGCGUGAUGAGCUCAGAGCAAAAGUGCAAGAAAUAUCCAGAAUGUCUAAAGAAGUGGAAGCGCUUCAGGAGCAGCUGGACCGCUUUAUGAAGAUGAACGGAGAGCUGAGGCAUAAGCAGAGCAUGAUGCAGGCUCAGCUCAAGAGUGCUGGGGAAAGGAGAGCAGACAUGGAGGCUGACCUGUGUGAGAAAAAGAAAGAGAUAGAACGACUCACCACACAGCUGGAGCAGAGCAGCACAAGCAUUUCUGCUAGCACGAAUAGUCCAGCCAUUGACCUUACUGAUAAGAUGAUCAUUAACCUGAAGGACCCGAAUCGGCCCUGUUUCACCAAGCAGGAAGUGAGGGACAUGCUUUUUGAGAGGAAUGAGCUGAAAACCAAUCUCUUUCUGGUGCAAGAAGAGCUUGCUUACUACCAAAGAGAGAUCCUAAAUGACGAGAGGUGUCCAGGUUUUUUGCUGGAAGCGGUGCGCUCUGCUAUAAAGAAACAGAGGACGGUCAUCAAGGCCAAAAUGCUGGGCAUUCCAGAGGAUGAAUGCAGCAGUGACGAGGAGAAGGGUCCUUUGUUUGAGAGAAGAGAGACUGAAGACACUGACACAGACUGCACUGACAGUAAACCACCAGAAUCACGCAUCAGAAACCUCUUUGGCUUCCUGACCCGUUCAAGCAGUGGCAAGAGCCCCAGCCAUCAGACGUCCAGCUCCACAUGGGAGAUCAUCAACCCAGACGAACAGGAGCCCGAGGUGGAGACUGAACCCAGACAUUCUCCCUGAGAAUUAAAUUCACCCUGUCUGACAAUUUACCCAGCUGAAGUAGUGGUGUUUGGAGAUCUACAGCUUUUAGGCUGUACAUGCUCUGAAGAGCAUUUAGGAUUUGAUGACAGCACUUCAGGAAAAACAGAGUGAUGUAGUCACUCUGUGAGACCAUUCGAAUUGGUUAGAAGCAGCAAAGGAAACCACUGGUAAAAUAAUGAGAGCAUUUAUUUUAUAUACUAAAACUAUAUAUUUGAAACUUUUAUGUAGCUGUCAUAUGUUAUGUACCAUAGAUGUCUGUGAGAACACAGUUGUUUUCUAUGAAGGGUCGAAACUGUUAUUUUUGUAGAGCAUAUUUUACUAUGAAUUUUAACCAAAGAUGACCAUGUAUAUUAAAACCAGCACCAAAGACAAUCACAGAAAUACUAUUUUUGGCCACCAGGGGGCAUUAGAGCAUUUUGUAUUUUUGGUUAAUUCUGACCUAAUUAAUUGUACGUGUUAGACUCCUUAGGCUCUUGUUGAUGUUUUUGGGUUUUCUUUUUAGCAUGCCUUUAAGUAGAGUAAUGCUUUCAGUGUUUUGGAGCAUUGCAGCCAAUGUAUGCAUAUGCAGUAACUGUGGAUUUUCUUUUGAUAGACAUACCAGUUUUUGUCUGUACUUCACAUUUGAGAUACAAUUUUUUCCUUUAAAUGCAGCAGGACUUGGUUUGCCUAAAUGUCUUAUAUGAAUCAUAGUGUGAAAAGCAAUGGUACAUCACAAAAGUAAGACUUUAGUCCUAAAAUCCUUCAUGAAAUGUAGGUAAAAAAUGAAAUUGUGGGUAAAACGUGAGAUAAAAAAGUAGCUGUUGUUUUUCCAGACUUGAACAAAAUGUGAAACAUUGUUAGGAUUUAUUGAAAGGCCAAAGAUCUUUUCAGAAACAUGACAUUUACUGUAUGAAUAUGAGAGAUUUCAUAAACGGGGCAUUGUGUUUGUAGCAUUGGAUUGGCUGCUGUUUGUUUUUGUCUAUCUGUUUGUCUUUAGGUGUUCACUCAGAGGAAGCCUCUGUUUCCUUUAGGGGAAACCAGACAUCAUGUGAGUGCUACCAGACCAUAAUAGUCUAUUGGGCAGACAUAAAGACACAGUGACCAUCUCUGCUCUGUCCACAGUACUGCUCAUGUAGUGAAUUUAGUAGUACUUUCACGUUAUUUUUGUAUACAUUAUGUGCAUAAAGAUUUGAGCUAUAAAUCGAAAUAAAUCUUUCAUUGAAUCUA